CUCCGAUCCGUCGUGCUCAGCUUUAAUUGCAGCUGACUCCUAUAUAAACGCGCUCUCGGUGUGGAUCGAUGGAGUCACGAAGCAGCACACUGCACACAGCAAAAACUGAGACGGCGGGGAGGAAGAACGCAGACGACGACGAUCGACAAAGCUUGUGCGAUCGAUCAAUGGCGGUGACAAAGAUCUACGUCGUGUACUACUCGACGUACGGCCACGUGGCGAGGCUGGCGGAGGAGAUCAAGAAGGGCGCCGACUCCGUCGACGGCGUCGAGGCAACCAUCUGGCAGGUGGCGGAGACGACGCUGCCGGAGGAGUCGUCGUCGCUGGCGAAGAUGCGCGCGCCAGUCAAGACCAAGAGCGACAACAAGCACCCAGUGAUCUCGGGCAAGCAGCUGGCCGACGCCGACGGCGUCCUGUUCGGCUUCCCGUCGCGGCUCGGCAUGAUGGCGGCGCAGAUGAAGGCGCUGUUCGACUCCACCACGGGCGGGCUCUGGCGGACGCAGGCGCUCGCGGGCAAGCCCGCGGGGUUCCUCUUCUCGCUGCGCACCCAGGGCGGCGGGCAGGAGGAGGCGGCGCUCACGGCCGUGUCGCAGCUCGCGCACCACGCCAUGGUGUUCGUGCCCGUCGGGUCCACGUUCGGCGACGGCAUGUUCGACAUGGACGAGGUCAGGUGCUGCAGCCCCUACGGGGCCGGCACGUUCGCCGGCGCCGACGGCAGGAGCAGGCUGCCCAGCGACGCCGAGCUCCAGAUGGCCGUGCACCAGGGCACCUACUUUGCCGCAUUCGCCAAGAAGCUCAAGGCCGGAGCGGCCGUCGUCGCCUGAGCCUGCUGGAGUAGCGCGCUCUCUCUCUCUCUCUCUCUGUGUUUUCUGUCCUCUGCCGUGACCAUCCGUCGUCGGGGCAACUGGAGUAGUACGUGCUCUACUCUACUAUGGCAUGCCAUGCACUGCUGCUGCUAGCUGCUCCUGUUUGCGGAAAUAAAAUAAAUAUACUCCAGCUUUUAUGCGGUGUAUCGAUCA